CAGAGCUUUGGUCAAGGAUCCAGAAAAGAUCAGAGACUUGGUCAAGGAUCCAGAAAAGACCAGAGCUUUGGCCAAGGAUCCAGAAAAGACCAGAGCUUUGGUCAAGGAUCCAGAAAAGACCAGAGCUUUGGUCAAGGAUCCAGAAAAGAUCAGAGCUUUGGUCAAGGAUACAGAAAAGACCAGAGCUUUGGUCAAGGAUCCAGAAAAGACCAGAGCUUUGGUCAAGGAUCCAGAAAAGACCAGAGCUUUGGUCAAGGAUCCAGAAAAGACAGAGCUUUGGAUUCCAGGAAAGAUCAGAGCCUUGGUCAAGGAUCCAGAAAAGAUCAGAGUCUUGGUCAAGGAUCCAGAAAAGAUCAGAGACUUGGUCAAGGAUCUAGAAAAGAACAGAGGCUUGGUUAG